CGACCUCUGCAGCGGCAGCGCCCCCGCACCGGCACCGCCGCGCCGUGGAGGAGCGGAGCGGGAGCGCCACCUCAGACUCGGAGCAGCGCGCCGCCCGAACCCCCGCGCCGAGCCGAGCGGGAGAGGAGGGGCGCUCCACGCCUCCGCACGGGAGCAUCGGCGGCGCGAGGAGCGAGCGGCGGGGCGGAAAUGACCGUGACCAAGGCAGGACGCGCGGAGCCGUGCGGGGGCGGCGGCGGGUGCGAGGCCCUGAGGCGGCAGUCGCUGUGGGCGCGGUACGCGUACGGGUUCGUCUUCUUCGCCACCAACCUGCUGGCCUGGUUCGUCCGGGACUACGGGGCGAGGGCGCUCCGCGGCUUGCACCAUGUGCCGGUCUGCGGGGCAGGGGACUCCAAGUGCUUUCAGUCCGGAGGAGUGCUUCGUGUGAGCUUGGGAUGCUUUAUAUUUUUCUGGUUGAUGUUUGCCCCAACAUUUGGAACUCGCAAGCUCCAUGAAGCUCGUAAUUCAUGGCAUUCUGGAUGCUGGAUUCUGAAGUCCCUUGUGUAUAUCCUGUCGAUUGGCAUCCCAUUUAUCAUCCCUAACAUCUUCAUCCAACUUUAUGGUGAAAUCGCUAGACUGGGUGCCGGGAUAUUUCUGCUCCUCCAGCUCAUAAGCAUGCUCCACUUCAUAUCGUGGUGCAAUAAACGUUGGAUGCCAGAUCCUGGAUCAAAUCAAUGUGGCUUGUUUGGGUUAUUCCUGUCAACCAUCUGCUACAUCGCUUCAUUUUCUGGAAUUGGCGUGCUGUAUUUUCUGUAUGUCCCAAACUUCUCAUGUGCGUUCAACAUCUUCACUAUUACAUGGACAGCAAUCUUGGUGAAGAUAAUGAUGGCGGUGUCACUGCACUCUAAGGUUAAUGAGGGUCUUCUGUCUUCUGGGAUCAUGAGUGCAUAUAUUGUCUUCCUUUGUUGGUCUGCACUCCACAGUGAACCACAAACCGGGAAGUGCCACUCUCAUAUGAAAAUUGCUAAGGAUGGUAACUGGGCUACAAUUGUUAGCUUCAUUAUCGCAAUUUGUUCCAUUGUGAUGGCCACAUUUUCUACUGGUAUCGACACCAAAUCUUUCCAAUUCCGGAAUGAUGAAGUACAAUUGGAAGAGAAUACUCCUUACAGCUACGAGAUUUUCCACAUUGUGUUUGCAAUGGGAGCUAUGUAUUUUGCAAUGUUGUUCAUUAGCUGGGAGCUAAACCAUCCUACAAGAAAGUGGAGCAUAGAUGUUGGAUGGGCUAGCACAUGGGUUAAGAUUAUCAAUGAGUGGUUCGCAGCUAGCAUAUACAUUUGGAGGCUGAUCUCCCCAAUGGUAUUGAGGAAUCAAUUUGUCAAAGAUGAAGACUUCGUGCCACAUAGGCCCACAGUAUAG